CCUCCAGCCGUCCCCUUCGGCCGCGGGCUGGGCAGGCCCGUCGCUUCGCCAGGCAGGCUGCACAACAGCAGCCUCGGGGGGCUGCGGGGCUGAGACAACCCAAGGUCAGACGGGCAAAGAGGGGAGAAGGCGCCAGCACUGGGAGCGCGAGAUGUGCGGGCAUCAGCUGCCGGGAGAUAGGGCCGGACUUUGUGCAUGCAAAGGACAAAGUUCACAGAAGAAAAGCUUGGUCAGGCAGAGAAGACUGAACUGGAUGCUCAUCUGGAGAACCUUCUCAGCAAAGCAGAAUGCACUAAAUUAUGGACAGAAAAAAUAAUGAAGCAAACAGAAGUAUUGUUGCAGCCAAAUCCAAAUGCCAGAAUAGAAGAAUUUGUGUAUGAGAAGCUGGACCGCAAAGCACCAAGUCGCAUGAAUAACCCAGAGUUACUAGGCCAGUAUAUGAUUGAUGCUGGGAAUGAAUUUGGCCCAGGAACAGCCUAUGGAAAUGCACUCAUUAAAUGUGGAGAAACACAAAAGCGAAUUGGGGCAGCAGACAGAGAACUCAUUCAAACUUCUGCUAUAAACUUUCUCACUCCCCUAAGAAACUUUAUUGAAGGAGACUACAAAACUAUUACUAAAGAACGUAAACUGUUACAAAAUAAAAGACUGGAUUUGGAUGCUGCAAAAACCAGACUGAAGAAGGCAAAAGUUGCAGAAGCUCGAGCUGCAAUAUGGGCUGAGGAAGUGACAAAAUCUGAACAGGAGGUGCGAAUUACUCAGAGUGAAUUUGACCGUCAAGCAGAGAUUACCAGACUGCUGCUGGAAGGAAUCAGCAGCACACAUGCACAUCAUCUCCGCUGUCUGAAUGACUUUGUGGAAGCUCAGAUGACCUAUUAUGCACAGUGUUACCAAUAUAUGUUGGAUCUCCAGAAACAACUUGGAAGCUUUCCAUCUACUUUCCUCUCUAACAACAAUCAGUCUUCCACAACUCCUGUGCAGAGUGUUUCUUCUCCCUCAGUCUUGGCCUCAGCCUCUGCUUCAUUGCCUUCAGUAAGCAAUUCAAUGGUUACUUCAGGCCUCAGUGAACUGAAGUCAUCAAGUGGCAGCAGAAAAGCAAGAGUUCUCUAUGAUUAUGAUGCUGCAAACAGCAGUGAAUUAUCUCUACUUGCAGAUGAGGUGAUAACAGUGUACAGUAUCCCUGGCAUGGAUUCAGACUGGCUGAUGGGUGAAAGGGGAAAUCAGAAAGGCAAAGUGCCUAUUACUUACUUAGAACUGCUAAACUAAAUGGUUGGCCUGAAUAGAGACUGUCAAUUAUGGCAACACCAUAUUUAUAUACAAUUAACGUUAUGUAAGCAGGUUUAUGUGUCUUCCAUGUUAUUGUCUUGAGGGACAAAUACCAGCCAUUAAAAACUGGCUUUUCUGCCAGCAUGGUUGCACGGUCAAUACUCUAUUCAAACUUAAUGUGUUUAAAGCUUUUACUUCAUGUGCCAAGAACGUUUCCUACAGAUUUGUUUCUACUGAAGUUUUCACUAAUACAAGCUUCUACUUUUGAGUAAUCUAGAUUGAAAGCAGGAGGUACUGUUUUCUACUGAAUUUUUUCAUUAAUGGCAAAGCUUUUCUUCACAUAAAAUAAACUUAUUGUGAACUGA